AUGGCAGCUCAAGGAUCAGACAUCGUCCUCUACACAACACAGACGCCCAAUGGCAUCAAGAUCUCCAUCACGCUAGAAGAGCUUGGUCUUCCCUACAAGGUUGAGAAAAUCGACAUCAGUAAGAACACACAGAAAGAAGACUGGUUCCUUGCCAUAAACCCUAAUGGCCGCAUCCCUGCCUUGACCGACAAGUUCACCGAUGGCAAGACCGUCAACUUGUUCGAGUCUGGAAGUAUCAUGCAGUACCUGGUCGAGCGCUACGAUACUGAGCACAAGAUCUCGUAUCCUAAAGGAACUCGCGAAUAUUACGACACGAACAACUGGCUGUUCUACCAGAACGCCGGUGUUGGACCUAUGCAGGGUCAAGCAAAUCACUUCGGCCGCUACGCUCCCGAGCGCAUCGAAUACGGAGUAAGCCGUUACGUGAACGAGACACGCCGCCUGUACUCCGUCAUCGACAAGCAUCUUGCUUCUGAUAAGCGACCGUACCUGGUAGGCGACAAGUGCACGAUUGCCGAUAUCGCGCACUGGGGCUGGGUCGCAGCUGCGGGUUGGGCAGGCAUCGAGAUCGAUGACUUCCCGAACCUCAAGGCGUGGGAGGAGCGCAUGGCUGAGCGCUCUGGCGUUGAGAAGGGACGCCACGUUCCGGAUCCGCACAAGAUCAAGGAACUACUUAAAGACAAGGCCAGGAUGGAGAAGUCCGCUGCAGAUGCUCGCAAGUGGAUACAGGCUGGCAUGAAGGCAGACGGCGAAAAGUCUGGCAAGUAA